GAGACUCAUCGAUGGCAACAAGUGCGGGUGCCUUGUGCUGAAGAGGAGGAGGGAAAGAACACCCAGCUGGUUUUUGGUCGUUGUGGUGGGACUGCGUUAUCUUUACCUCAAGAUGAUGAAGAGACAGUUCAAUCGGAUGCGGCAGCAGCUCAGUCACCCCAGCAUUGGCGGAAGAGCCCAAGAAACAGCAGAAUACUUGACAGAAGACUUGCUCCAGAUUGAACAGAGGAUUGAACCAGCCAAGCGUGCUGCUCACAAUGUCCAGAAGAGGCUCCUGGCUUGUCUCCAAGGCCAAUAUGGGGCAGACAUAGACAAACGGGUGAAAAAAUUGCCUUUGAUGGCGCUAUCGAUGACCAUGGCAGAAAGCUUCAAAGAGCUAGACACUGAUUCCAGCCUUGGGAAAGCCCUAGAAAUGAGUUGCUUCAUUCAGACUAUGCUAGCCAGGAUCCUUGCUGAGUUUGAAAUGGCCCUCGAGCGAGACGUCCUACAACCCCUCAAUAAACUGAGCGAGGAAGAGCUGCCCACCAUCCUGAAGCACAAAAAGAACCUUCAGAAACAUAUUUCAGACUGGAAUGCCAUCAAGAGCCGUCUGAACCAAGCUGCCAAGAACUCCAGCAAUAAUACCAGUGGUGCCGCUGGCCCAGGCCCAUCAUCUGCUGCCAUCAAACUAGAAAAUCUGAAGGAAGAGGAAGAAGAGAUGAAGAGGAGGGUUGAGCAGAGUAAGGAUGAGUACAUGGCAGACCUAUAUCACUUUUCAACCAAGGAAGACAGCUAUGCUAAGUACUUUAUCAAAUUGAUGGAAAUUCAAGCAGAGUAUCACCGGAAGUCCCUGGAAUCUCUGGAUGCUACUUUGGCAGAGGUGAAAGAGACUCAAAACCAGCCAGACUCCCCAUUCCCAAGAGAUGCAGCUGUGGUGGGGGUGUAUGGGAUGCCACUAGAGACUCACCUGAAGGCUUCUGGCCGGGAGAUUGCCGUCCCCAUUGAAGCUUGUGUCAUGAUGCUGCUGGCAUCGGGGAUGAAGGAAGAGGGGCUCUUCCGGUUAGCAGCUGGAGCAUCUGUGCUGAAGAAGUUAAAGUACAGCCUUGCCUGUGGCUCAGGUGCCCUGGGUGAAUUCUAUGCAGAUCCUCAUGCUGUGGCAGGUGCACUGAAAUGUUACCUGCGAGAGCUGCCCCAGCCCUUGAUGACCUUUGAACUCUAUGAUGAUUGGCUUAAAACUGCAAGUAUCAAAGAGCCAGAGAAUCGACUGGAGCAUCUUCGGGACACUUGCAGCCGUCUCCCCAAGGACAACUAUAACAACAUGAGGUAUCUGAUUCGUUUUUUAGCCAAGCUGGCUGAACAGCAGGAAGUGAAUAAGAUGACCCCAAGCAACAUUGCCAUUGUCCUAGGGCCCAACCUGUUGUGGCCCCAGCAGACUGAAGGGUGCCAGGUGCAACUAGAUAUGGCUUCUGUAUCCUCCAUCCAAGUUGUGGGAGUUGUGGAACCCCUGAUACAAAAUGCUGACAUCCUCUUCCCAGGAGAUAUUGACUUUGACGUAUCUGGCCUGUUCACUGCCCCAUCAGACAUUAAAGAUAGAGAUGUCUCCGCAGCAGAAGAACCCGCAUCUUCGCUUCUCUCUGUUGAACCAGCUUCACCACAACCCGGAGAAAGGAAAAAUUUUGAGGCGACCCCUGGAACAGUCCUCUCAAAGGUGACCCAACCUUCUACUGAAGCUGCAGUCUCUUUGCCUACUCCUGUUCCUGCUGAGGAUGCUUCGAGGAAGUCAAAGCGAGUUGCUCCACCCCGACCCACGGUGCCUCCGCCCAUAGCCCAGCCUCGAACGCCACCUCCUGUGCAGCUUCAGACCCAGCCUCCUGCCCCAGACUCUCCUUCUAUCCCUAAAGCAGUGCCUCGAAGAACCGUUGGAGGAAGCGUGCGAGCUCCCUCUGUCCCUCCACCACUUCCACCCCAGCCGGUCAGGCGCCAGAGUCGUAAUGCGUCCCCAUCCCCGAAGCCUCCUUCAGAAAGCAGGACCAGCGAGGCAGAUGAAGCACCUCUUUCUCUUCCUGGCGACAGCAGCAUAGAAACAUCCAAGGAAUCCCUCCCUGUGACAACAGAGCCCAGGGAACCCCCACCUGUAGAAAGAAGCAGCUCUCCAUCUGCACCGGAUCUGGAGGUUGAUGCUCUGGAGAAUAAUGAAGAAGGAGCUGCAGUGGCCAGGGCUCGCUUCUGUUUCGCCCGACGCGCCUGGUCGCCGAGCCCCUCGAUUGGUGCUCCCGCGCCGCCGCCUCCCCUCCGUCCGUCAUGGCGGCGCCGCGCUCCUGAUUGGCCCGGGCGGGAGCGGAGGAGGAGGAGGAAGAGGCGGUGCGGGGGUGGCGGCGGCGGCGGCGGUGAGAGCGGCCGGUCCAGCAUGGCGGGCUGCAGGCGGCUGAGCGGCUCGUGCCUGCGCGAGGUGCUGGGCGAGGCGCAGGGCGUCCUCUUCGACUGCGACGGGGUCCUGUGGACGGGCGAGCGGGCGGUGCCCGGCGCCCCGGAGCUGCUGGAGCGCCUCAGCCGCAACGGCAAGGCCGCCCUCUUCGUCUCCAACAACAGCCGCCGCUCGGUGCCCGAGCUGGAGCGCCGCUUCUCCCGCCUGGGCUUCCGCGGCGUCCGCGCCGAGCAGGUCUUCAGCUCCGCGCUCUGCUCCGCGCUCUACCUCCGGCAGCGCCUGCUGGGCGCCGAGGGCGGCUCCGGAGACUCGCCCCCGGCCGGCUGCGUCUUCGUGCUGGGCGGGGAAGGGCUGCGCGGGGAGCUGCGGGACGCCGGGCUGCGCCUGGCCGGCGAAGGAGGAGGAGCAGGCGGGGACGACGAGGAGGAGGACCCGGCCGGCCACGAGAGGCUCCCGGUGCGCGCCGUCGUCGUCGGCUACGACGACCAGUUCACGUUCGCCAAGCUGACCGAGGCCUGCGCCUACCUGCGAGACCCGGAGUGCCUGCUGGUGGCCACCGACCCGGACCCUUGGCACCCGCUGAGCAGCGGGCAGCGCACCCCGGGAACAGGGAGUCUCACUGCUGCAGUUGAAACAGCAUCUGGGCGCAAGGCAAUGGUAAUUGGGAAGCCCAACACGUAUAUGUUUGAGUGCAUUGUGGAGCGCUUUGGUGUGGAUCCGUCCCGCAUGCUCAUGGUGGGUGACCGGCUGGAGACAGAUAUCCUGUUUGGCAAGAACUGUGGCCUUGAAACGGUCUUGACCCUGACGGGAGUCUCAAACCUAGAGGAGGCACAGGCAUACAUGGCCAGCGACAGCCCUGCUGCAAAGGACCUGGUGCCUCAUUACUAUGUGGACAGUAUUGCAGACUUAAUACCCGGCCUGGAUGAGUAAGGGGAGAUGUGGGUGGGCAGAGUUCCUAGUCCCAUUCCUGAUUGCCGCCCGUUCCUACUUCUGCUCCCUCUCUCCUUGAUUCUGGGCUCAUCACAUUCCAGUGUUUCUUCAAGAAUGAAGAGAGGGGUGUUAGUUCAUUAUUUGAGGUCCUUUUGUUUUACUUUAGCCAGCUAUAAGGGAACAGAGAAUCUUAUGUGAAAGUGGGUUAUUUAUAGGCCGAACCAUUAUUUAUUUAUUUAUUUCCCCCUCCUCUUGGCAUGAAGUAGUUAUUUAUUUAAAUUAUCUUGGUUUUACUGUUGCCACUAGUGGCCUUCUUACUGUUGUCCUCGGCUUUUCUUCUUCUUUGAAGCACAGCAAUGUGCUUGCUGUGAUGUUUGCUGUUCCCAAGCUUGAAUGAAGCAACGUUUGUACCGGUACUAUUUAUCUCUCUUCUAUAGCCACUGUCAUUCCAUGCCAGUGUUGGGGUAGUGGGGUUUAUCCCAGAACUCUUGCUGUGAAAAGGGGAGCAUUCAAAAUCCAGUUCAGAAGUAACACAGUUCUUCUACAGAACGGCUCUUCGGGGAAAAUAAUUCCUGUGGGUGUAUAUACAAGCUUAUCAUAACACUACAACUUGCUCUGAAGUGAUAAGGGCUGAGGGUAGGUUUCUGAUGCACGUUACAUGUUUGAUCCACUCAAACUUUGUCUGGCAUUUUCAUCCACAGGAAUUACUCCCAAAGUGCUGUGUUGUGCAGGUGGGGAGAAAUUGCCAACUAGCUCAGUCAGAAAGCAUAUAAGUGUGGUAAAUCUGGAAUGUGUAAAACUCUUUUAACUGUGAAUUAAAUAUGAAAGUGGUUUUUUUUUUCUGUCUUGAGAGUUUUCUCAGGUGACAGAAUUUUUAUCACUCCAGUUUAAUUUUGGGAUUGCUGCUGUAAGGAAUGAAAUGCAUAGAACAAUUUUUUGUGCCCAUGAAGUUCUGAAUUGGCUGUCACUUCGUCUUGGUAAUCCUUCAGUAAUAACAGCCUCCAGAUAUUCCUGCCUGUAUUGAGGUAGGAACACAAUGUGUUUUCCCCCACCCCUUUCUCUCUGACUGGGUGGACCAAUGAAACAUGUCAGUAAAUUAAUUCACUCCUGUCUGUGCCUGAUAGGAUUCACCACUCUCCUAGGUGGGGGGGGUGAACCUUGAUCCGCCCUCUGACCUGCUGUGGUGUUCUUUGAUUUGUGGGAUAACGUUGGCAUUUCCAGUGCUGUCAAUGUGCCACAGCAUCCCAAAAUAAGUCCUUGCUUGUCUUUUUAUGGUUUAUUAUGUAUUUAUUAAAGUGUUUGUAUAAAUUAUGCUGAUGAGUUGUGCCAAAGUGGGUAUGUAGCCUCUCGGCCCACUCACUUACCUGUACCUCCAUGUUGUUGUGGUUCUCUGACAUUCGCUGUCAUUCUGCACAUAAUAAAAUGCAGGCACAAGAUGGAA